AACCACUUCCUCGCUUCCUCUCUCUCUCUCUCUCUCUCAUUGUCAGUUACGUUAAACUCGCAAUGGAGCAGCUCAAACCAAACCCUGCAAAUCUCUGCCCUCUCACUCCUCUCACCCUGCUAGAAAGGGCAGCCAUCGUCUACGGCAAUUGCCCCUCCAUCGUCUACACCACCACCACCUACACGUGGUCCCAAACACACCGCCGAUGCCUCCAGCUGGCCUCCUCCCUCUCAUCCUACCUCGGCAUCAAAAAAUCCCAAGUCGUCUCUGUAUUCUCCCCCAACACCCUUGCCAUGUACGAGCUCCACUUCGCCGUCCCCAUGGCAGGAGCCAUCCUCAACACCAUCAACACCCGCCUCGACGCCCGCACCGUCUCCGUCAUCCUCCGCCACAGCGAAUCAAAACUCAUCUUCGUCGACCACCUCUUUGCCUCUCUCGUACUGGAAGCCCUCUCGCUCUUCCCACCUCAGCUCCCUCGUCCCCAACUCGUCCUCAUCACUGAUCAUCCAAGGGACGGAUCAAUCCCAACCGUCGAUCAUUUCAUCGACACUUACGAGAGUCUAGUGGGAAAGGGGGAUCCGCUGUUUAAGUGGGUCCGGCCGGUUUCCGAGUGGGACCCAAUCGUUUUAAACUACACGUCCGGAACGACGUCGGCUCCGAAGGGGGUUGUGCAUUGCCACAGAGCCGUUUACAACGUGGCCCUGAGUUCCCUCACGGACUGGUCCGUGCCCAAAAACUGCGUCUACCUGUGGACUCUACCGAUGUUCCACGCAAACGGGUGGUGCUUCCCGUGGGCCAUGGCCGCCGUCGGCGGGACCAACAUUUGCGUCCGCAAAUUCGAUGGCCCAAAAAUCUACGAGUUAAUCGAAGCUAACGGCGUCACCCACAUGUGCGCCGCGCCCGUCGUGCUCAACAUGCUCAUCAACACCCGGAGGUCCGACCCGCUCCGAAAUCCAGUUAACAUUCUUACCGGUGGGGCUCCGCCGCCUUCGAGCGUCUUGCUCAAGGCCGAGUCGAUCGGGUUCGUAGUGGGUCACGGGUACGGGAUGACCGAGACAGCGGGGGUUGUGCUGUCAUGCGCAUGGAAGCCGGAGUGGAACAAACUCCCGGCGAUGGAGCAGGCGAGGCUGAAAGCGAGGCAGGGGGUGAUGACGAUCGGCAUGACGGAGGCGGAUGUGGUGAAUCCGGAUUCGGGUUUGAGUGUGAAUCGGGACGGGUCGGAAAUCGGGGAGAUAGUUUUGAGAGGCGGGUGCCUGAUGCUCGGGUAUCUGAAGGAUGCAGCGGGAACUGCCAGCUGUAUGAAAGACGGCUGGUUUUAUACAGGUGACGUGGGGGUGAUGCAUCCGGAUGGCUAUUUGGAAAUCAAGGACAGAUCCAAGGACGUUAUUAUAAGCGGGGGUGAGAACAUGAGCAGCAUAGAGGUCGAGUCCGUGCUGUAUGGGAACCCAGCUGUCAACGAGGCGGCGGUCGUGGCAAGGCCCGACGAGUUUUGGGGGGAGACGCCGUGCGCAUUCGUGAGCUUCAAGAGUGGCGUCAGCCCAAAGCCAACGGAGAAGGAGAUCAUUGAGUAUUGCAAGGGGAAGCUGCCGAGCUUCAUGGUGCCAAAGACGGUAGUGAUUAAGGACGAGCUUCCCAAGACUUCCACCGGGAAGAUUCAGAAGUUUUUGCUGAGGGAGAUUGCCAGAGGUAUUGCGCUGUCUUCGUUAUUUCCGCCGCUGGCGGCAGUGGCGGCGUCGCGGACGACAAAUAGGAUGUGCAUCGCAUGAUGACGUUGGACGUUGGAAGCAUUUUGGUUUGCCGGAUUUGAGAUGGCGGGAAGUUUGGACUACGUACAUGCUUAUGAUAUUUGCUAGGAAAAUUACGUGCAUGCUUUUGGCGGCGGAAAUGGUCAUAUCAGUUGUAGUUUGCCAUCUCUGACUACGUAACCUUAUACAUAUACAUACAUAUGUAUGUAUAUAUAAUUUUUGUUUUUUAAUUUUA